GAAUCCUGACCUGAUAUACUUUGUGACUGGCCUUGACAUGAUCCAAUUUAAGAAUGGAAGAAUCUCUAGAGCAAUAACAGGUAUCGCAUAUACGGGUGAAGUGUGCAGUGACUACGGUGUCGCCGUGGGCGAAGAUAUACCCACUGCCUUUUCUGGAGUGAAUACAAUGGCUCACGAACUUGCACAUGUACUGGGAGCGCCUCAUGACAAGAUGCCAAAAUGCCCUUGGUCGGAAGGAUAUCUCAUGAGUUAUGUGGACGGAGGCCUAAAGAAUUACCGGCUUUCAGAGUGUAGUCAAGAACGAAUACGAAACCUUGUGAAUACACUCCCGAGGAGCUGUUUCGAUGAGCGGAGCAGGACGAACUAUAUGGCUGUGUACAAGAAAUAUCCGGGUCAGGCAGUACGGCCGCAGCAUUACUGCAGAAGGAUGCUCAAGAUGAGAGGAAGGCGAAUGAAGGUUCUUGCACAGAAGCCGGAGUCUCUUAGCAGGCAAUGCAAAAUGUACUGUUGCGUGCAGGGAGCUCAUGCAAAAGCGUGCGAUAUAAUAACCAUGCUGGAAGGCAUGGAAUGUACGAAAGGAAAGGCUUGCAGAAGAGGAGUCUGUGGAGAUUUGAAAUGGUAGUAGUUGAAGGCUCCACUACACACUAGUUUUAUCGGCCAUUUCAAGAAACCAAAGUUCCGGGCAUUUAGGUAAUAAAUCGUUC